AUGUCCUUUCGUGGAAGACCAUCUAAAGCUUGUCAAAGAUGUAGAGCUCGGAGACUCAAGUGUGACCUUGCGCCUGUGACUUGUGGCUCAUGCAUGAGAGCCAGGGUGAUUUGCACUGGAUAUCGGGAUACCGAAAAGCUGCGCAUCAGAGAUGAAACCGACAGCUUACAUCGGAAAGCGACGGCUGUGCGCCAUCGCAUCAAUGACACCAAUGGUGGUGGAAAUUCGCUACUGAUGAAGUUAGGAGCUUCCAAUACCGAACCACGUUAUCUUCCGUUGGCACUCGACGUUCAGGCGAAAGAGUUGUUCUUCGACCAUUAUAUUCUUGCAGGUCAAAUCAACGGAUCAGGGGCUUGGGAUUUCUUGAAGCCAUAUCAUCAAUCAGAGAAAGCACCUGUAUAUUUACAGUUAACAAUAGAUGCCGCCAGUUUAGCAUAUCUUUCACACCAGUUCGGCUCGCAAAAAGCGCGUUUAAUUGCUUUGGAAAGGUAUACAGGCGCUCUUGGCGUCAUGAGUAAAGUUCUAAAAUCACCUGAAACAUCAAGGGAAAUGACGACACUAUUCACAACUCUACUUUUGGAUUUGUUCGAAAAGCUCUCAACUACUCAACCUUUUGGAAAUCGAGGGUGGAGUAGCCACCUACGAGGAGCUCUCGCUAUAUCCGAAAGGUGUGGAGACCAAUUUACUACAUCAAGUACUGCAAUGCGUGCUUUCACACGGUUGAGCACAAAUUUGCUCAUUACCUCUCUCGCAGCGGGUACUGCUCUGCCAACUGGUUUCUUUCGCCUUCGAGAAUACUUGGAGAAAAGUCCUUCCAUUGAUGUUCCUAGGAAUCCCAAAUGGCAAUUGUCGAAAAUAAUGGCGCAAUAUGUCAAUUUGCAAAACAAUAUUCAAAAUGGAAAACGCGCUAGGGAAAGCUCUCUUCAAGAAGCAAGAGAAUUAGAUUCCAUCCUCAAAAAUUUCUCUGACCGCGAUGUAAGAAUCAAACAAAUAUUCAGGACUCUACCCUCUAGGAUGGUCUAUGGAAACGUCUACUAUUCAUACCCCGAUAGACAUUCAACCCAGACGUGGAAUGUUGUGAGACUGGCUCACGUUUUAGUGGUGAACUUUCUCGUAUCGAACGCCACCACUGAGAUGGAGCGUUCGCAGUAUCUUAUCAAAGUAAAUGAGAUUGCGUCUAACAUUUGUGCUUCUGUUCCACAAUAUCUCGACUGUGUGGGUGCUGUGAAGUCGCUAGGACAAAUAGAAUUACUGCACCCAGUUGUUACAUCGCAUAAUUCUUGCACGUCCCAUACACCUUCGCACAGAUUGGCCUGCUAUACACUUAUAUUCCCACUUUACAUAGCUGGAUUUGUCAGAGAUUCUGACUCCAGUAUAUGGAAAUGGGCUACCGAAAAAUUGCAUUAUAUCGGCAGUCAUUUUGGCAUUCGAAAUGCCGAACUUGUUGCUCAAAUUCUCGAGAAAAGAAGCGAGAACGAUCCUUGGAAAGUGUAUACCUUGCUUGGUAGCUAUGCAUUCGGUGCUUGA